CUGUCCUCGAGUGCCUCGAUAGCUGCAGACUCCCCGAGAGCAACCAAACCCUACUACGGAAAUUGGGGGUAAAGCUCGUACAGCGGCUGGGGCUGACCUUCCUGAAGCCGAAGGUGGCAGCGUGGAGGUACCAGCGUGGCUGCCGGUCUCUGGCCGCUAAUCUGCAGCGUGUCACUCAGGGUCAGAGUGAGCAGAAGCCGCUCGUUGUGACUUCUGACCGUGAGGAAGACUGCGACGUCCCAGAGGGGGUGGAACGUGUGAUAGAGCAGCUGCUGGUCGGGCUGAAGGACACAGACACGAUUGUGCGAUGGUCUGCAGCUAAAGGAAUUGGUAGGAUGGCUGGAAGGCUUCCCAAAGAACUGGCGGACGAUGUCGUGGGGUCUGUGUUGGAUUGUUUCAGUUUUCAGGAGACGGACAAAGCAUGGCAUGGAGGGUGUCUGGCACUGGCAGAACUGGGCAGGAGAGGCCUGCUGCUCCCGUCCCGACUUGCAGAUGUUGUCCCUGUGAUCCUGAAGGCACUGACCUACGAUGAGAAGAGGGGUGCCUCCAGCGUGGGCGCCAACGUCAGGGAUGCCGCCUGCUACGUCUGCUGGGCCUUCGCGCGCGCCUAUGAGCCUCAGGAGCUGAAGCCCUUUGUGACUGCGAUCUCCAGUGCGCUGGUGAUCGCCGCGGUGUUCGACCGAAACGUUAACUGCAGAAGAGCGGCCUCUGCUGCCUUCCAGGAGAAUGUGGGGAGACAGGGCACUUUCCCUCAUGGAAUUGAUAUCUUGACCACAGCUGACUAUUUUGCGGUUGGUAACACAUCUAACUGUUUCCUGGUUAUAAGUGUGUUUAUUGCCGGCUUUCCUGAGUACACCCAACCAAUGAUAGACCACCUGGUUACCAUGAAAAUCAACCAUUGGGACGGGGUCAUCAGAGAGCUCGCAGCAAAGGCAUUGCACAACCUGACCCAGCGGGCCCCUGAGUACAGCGCCACUCACGUUUUCCCACGUCUGUUAUCGAUGACGCUGAGUCCGGAUCUCCACACGCGACAUGGGGCAGUUCUCGCCUGUGCAGAGGUCACUUAUGCCUUGUACAAACUCGCAGCACAGGAGAACAGACCUGUCACAGACUACCUGGACAACAAGGCAGUGCAGCACCUGAAGCAGAUUCACCAGCAGCUUUAUGACCGUCAGUUAUACAGGGGUCUAGGAGGAGAGCUCAUGAGACAAGCAGUGUGCACUUUAGUAGAAAAUUUGUCGCGUUCCAGAAUGCCUUUCAAAGGUGAUGCCGUAAUCAGUGGUUGGCAGUGGCUGAUAGAUGACACUUUGAGACACCUCCAUCUUGUUUCGAGUAAUUCCCGAGAGCAGGUCAAGGACACGGCCGUCUCAGCCCUGGCUGCUCUCUGCAGCGAGUACUACAUGAUGGAGCCAGGACAGGCAGACCCUGCAAUCCAAGAGGAACUGAUCCAGCAGUAUCUCGCCGAGCUCCAGAGCCCAGAGGAGAUGACUCGCUGUGGCUUCUCGUCGGCCUUGGGUUCCCUCCCGGGCUUCCUGCUGAAAGGCAGGCUUCAGCAGGUUCUAGCAGGUUUAAGAGCAGUUACCCAGACUUCUCCCAAGGAUGUGAGCUUUGCCGAGGCCAGGAGGGACGGCUUGAAGGCAAUUGCCAGGAUUUGCCAGACAGUUGGUGUGAAAGCAGAAGGAGCCCCAGAUGAAGCCGUGUGCAGAGAGAAUGUUGCCCAGAUUUAUGCGGUGCUGCUGGGCUGCAUGGACGACUACACCAUGGACAGCAGAGGGGACGUGGGAGCCUGGGUCCGUGAGGCCGCCAUGACCAGUCUGAUGGACCUGACACUCUUGCUGGGGCGGAGCCAGCCUGAGCUGAUCGAAGCCCACAUCUGUGAACAGGUCAUGUGCUGCCUGGCCCAGCAGGCCAGUGAGAAGAUCGACCGUUUCCGCGCUCACGCCGCCCACGUGUUCCUGACUAUCCUGCACUGUGAUAGCUCUCCCAUCCCCCAUGUGCCCCACCGAGGAGAACUGGAGAAGCUGCUUCCCAGGUCAGACGUGGCCUCUGUGAACUGGAAUGUGCCGGCCCAGGCCUUCCCUCGCGUCACACAGCUCCUGGGGCUGCCCACAUACCGCUACCACAUCCUGCUGGGGCUGGUCGUGUCUGUGGGCGGCCUGACAGAGUCAACGGUCAGGCACUCCACACACAGUCUGUUUGAAUACAUGAAGGGGAUUCAGAGUGACCCACAGGCCUUGGAGAGCUUUGGUGCGACGCUUCUUCAGGUCUUUGAGGAUAAUCUUCUGAAUGACAGGGUGUCCGUGCCGCUGCUGAAGACGCUGGACCAGCUGCUGGCCAAUGGGUGCUUUGACAUCUUCACCACAGAGGAGAACCACCCCUUCUGUGUGAAGCUGCUUGCGCUCUGCAAGGAAGAAAUCAAGAAGUCAAAAGAUGUCCAGAAGCUUCGGUCAAGCAUCGCAGUGUUUUGUGGGAUGGUGCAGUUCCCCGGCGACGUGAGAACAAAGGUCCUUCUGCAGCUGCUGCUGCUGCUCUGCCACCCUUUCCCCCUGAUCCGCAAGACCACGGCCAGCCAGAUGUACGAGAUGGUACUCACGUACAGCGAGGUCGUGGGCACAGACGCCCUGGACGAGGUCAUGGCUGUGCUCAGCGACACGGCGUGGGAUGCGGAGCUCCCGGUUGUGAGAGAGCAGCGCAAUCGGCUGUGCGACCUCCUCGGUGUGCCCAGACCCCAGCUCGUCAUCAAGCCUGGCACCCGCUGAGUCUGGUCCUGGGAGUUGAGCCUUCACGCCUGCCCAGCAGGGACUUGCUGUUCCCAGGGGAGGAGGAGCUGGACGCUGAUGGUCAACACAGAACAUCUGGUCCACGGUGCUUCCAUCCAUCCAAGGGUGGUGCUGGCUGGGGUGUUUGGCGUUGGGACUUGGAGGUCAUCACCAGAUGGCAGCUUUUCCUCACGUGUGCCUGCGCUCUAGUGACCUGGGGUGUCCAUGCUUCUGCCUUUAUUUAAACCCAAACGUACUUCCUAUAAAAUCACGUUCCCACCAU